AGAGAAGAGGUUAUGUUUCGAGUUCUUUUAUUUCAUGUUUCUCAAGUUGUAAAAAUUCGAAUAAAAAUCUGUAAUCACUGUAAAAAUGUUUCGUCUGUGCGUGCGUAAUACUAUAUCACACUACAGAUUAUCAUAUCAACAAAAUGUGCAUAACCAAAAAAUUGCAUCUAAGACUUUGACCAUUGUACAUAAUAUAUUUGGUCGAAAUUAUUGCAGUAAACAAACAGAAGAUAAUUUAGAAAAUAUUUAUUAUGGUCCACUGACUCCUCAAAUAAGAGCUGUAAAAUUGUUUUCAUUGGGUUCGAGUAUUGCCGGCCUGAUAGCACAACCGAUUAUUAUAAGAGAAGCUUCUGCCAUUGGCAGUACGUCGCUCCUUGUAGCAGUUUGUUCAGUAGUGGGCUUCUUCACCUUCGUUACUCCUAUAUUAUUGCAUAUUGUCACAAAGAAAUAUGUCACAGACAUAAUAUAUGAUCCUGAUAGUUCAACAUACAAAGCAACUACAAUCAACUUUUUUCUGGCAAGGAAACAGAUUGAAUUCAAACCAGAUGAUGUGCAGGUUCCUGACAUCCCAGGAAUGUUCACCACAAUGAAUGCUAAAGGCAAGCCUCUGUUCAUUGAAGCCAGACAUUUCAACAACCCCUUGCAUUACGCCAAAAUUAUGGGCUAUGACAAACCUAUGGAUUUCAAACUAGGGGACACUAAUUAUUCUGACAGUGAAAGUAAACAAAAGUAAUUUUAGGUAAUCAUAGUUAUUUAGUUUUUAUUAAUAAAUUAUUGUUAUUA